AUGUAUCUAGAAAAAGAUGAAUAUGAUAUUCCAAAUGAAUAAUAAAUUUAUGCAUCAUUCUAAUCUGAUAGUGAUUAAUUAAAGCUUCAAUAUUUAGCCUCUAGCUAAUCGGAAUAUGAAAAUAAGCAUAUUGUUUUUGUAUUAAAAUAAUGUAUAAUUAUAGCUUUCAAAGUAUUUUCUGGAAAUAGAUUUUAAAAAAAUAAGCAUUCAAACUAUAAAUAUCUAAGCAAUUUGUCUAAGCAAAUUUACUCAAGAAUAAAAAACUCAUAAUCCAAAUAUAAUUACAAAAAUUCUUAAUCAUAUUAAAAAAGUAAUUAUUACUUAAAAAUCUCUUAGCAAUUAUAAUAAUAAAACUUUUUAAAUGAAUUACAUAUUGCCUUUUUGGAAUCUUGCAUUAUGUCAUAUAAUUAUAAGAUUGGUUAUUAAUUUAUUAAGUCUAAAAUAUUUUUAAAAGGAAGUUUAGAAAAGAAAAGUUAGAUUAUAAUAGAGUAUUUUUAUUUAUCUGGAUUAAUUGCAAAUGCUUAAAAAGUAUGAAAAAUUAAAUGAUCAUAGGAUUUUGAUGAAGCUUUUAGAUGUUACAAAAUUGCUCAUAAAUUUCAUCCAACAGAUGUGUUUACUAUUGAAGCUUAAAAGAUGGAAAGUUUACUUUGUUUCAGAUUGGGUUUGGAAUUGAGAAAUUGGUCUCAUCCAACAAAUCAAUUAUUAGUUACCAAUUUAUAAAGUAUUCUUCAAGAAAAAGAAUACAUUUUAAUAAAGGAGAGUAAUCUUGAUAUCUAAGAUAAAGAUAUUAAUGUAAUUGUAGAAUCUUGAUAUUUUAGAUUUGCUUAAAAGAAUGGUCAUUACAAGCAUAAUUAUAUUAAUUUUUAAAAAAUGAGUAAGAACUACAUUCAAAGGUUACCUUUAAUUUAAUAAAUAAUCAUUUUAAAAUUUAAGAUUAUGAGUAUUUGAUUGAUCUAUUAUUACAAAUAAAUAAGAUUCAUAAUAUGUUUUUGAUUAAUGAAGAGAAACAUUAUAUUGAAUUCAACUAUAACAAUUUAAAUUAUAAAGAAAUUAAUAGUAAAUUGGAAAAUAGAUUUGAUUUACUAAAAUCGUUAAACAAUACAAAAUGA